GCAGCCAAAGCGACCAAGAAGAUCCCAUCGCAGCACUUGAUCCGAGGCUAUGAGGGUUAAGAGGUACAAUGUUCACCCCUGAGGGCCCGGACCCUUCCGUCAUCGACCACGACGACUGACAUCAGUCCCGCAUCAGCCCGAUGCGUGGGCGAAACUCUCACCGGCUGCCCCACCACCGACCAAACCACUUACCCCGCCGCCGAGCCGAAGAGUAGCUUCCAUGCGAGUCUGACCACUACCAGACUCGCUCACCGCGGUCCUAUUAAAACCGUCGUUCACUAUGUCUCUCUCCAACAAGCUUGCCAUCACCGAUGUCGACCUCAAGGACAAGCGUGUCCUGAUCCGGGUCGACUUCAACGUCCCCCUCAAUGCUGAGAAGCAGAUCACCAACAACCAGCGUAUCGUCGGUGCUCUGCCCACCAUCAAGUACGCCAUUGAGAAUGGUGCCAAGGCCGUUGUGCUCAUGUCCCACCUGGGUCGUCCUGACGGCAAGAAGAACCCCAAGUACAGCCUGAAGCCCGUUGCUUCCGAGCUCGAGAAGCUGCUCGGCAAGAGCGUCGUCUUCACCGAAGACUGCGUUGGCCCCGAGGCCGAGGAGGCCGUCAACAAGGCCACUGGUGGCCAGAUUGUUCUCCUUGAGAACCUGCGUUUCCACGCCGAGGAGGAGGGCAGCUACAAGGAUGAGGAAGGCAAGAAGGUCAAGGCCGACAAGGAGAAGGUUGCCGAGUUCCGUAAGGGACUGACUGCUCUUGGUGACAUCUACAUCAACGACGCUUUCGGAACUGCCCACCGUGCUCACUCUUCCAUGGUCGGUGUUGACCUUCCCCAGAAGGCUUCCGGUUUCCUCGUCAAGAAGGAGCUCGAAUACUUCGCCAAGGCUCUCGAGAGCCCCCAGCGCCCCUUCCUUGCCAUCCUGGGUGGUGCCAAGGUCUCUGACAAGAUCCAGCUCAUUGACAACCUGCUCCCCAAGGUCAACAGCCUGAUCAUCACUGGUGCCAUGGCCUUCACUUUCAAGAAGACCCUGGAGGGUGUUAAGAUCGGAAACAGUCUGUUCGACGAGGCUGGCAGCAAGAUCGUCGGUGAGGUCGUUGAGAAGGCCAAGAAGCACGACGUCAAGAUCGUCCUGCCUGUCGACUACGUCACUGCCGACAAGUUCUCUGCCGAUGCCACGACCGGCACUGCUACUGACGCUGAGGGUAUCCCCGAUGGUUAUAUGGGUCUGGAUGUGGGCGAGAAGAGUGUUGAGCUCUACAAGCAGACCAUUGCCGAGGCCAAGACCAUCCUCUGGAACGGUCCCCCUGGUGUCUUCGAGCUGGAGCCCUUCGCCAACGGCACCAAGAAGACCCUCGAUGCUGCCGUCGCGGCCGCUCAGUCCGGUUCCAUUGUCAUCAUCGGUGGUGGUGACACUGCCACCGUCGCCGCCAAGUACGGCGUCGAGGACAAGCUCAGCCACGUCUCCACAGGUGGCGGUGCCUCGUUGGAGCUCCUGGAAGGCAAGGAGCUGCCCGGUGUUGCUGCCCUGUCAAGUAAGUAAAUAUUAAAAGACAUACCAUCACACUGGAUAUGCGGAGAUGCUGCCUGAGGCAUACGCCCAUGAUUCUUGAAGGAGGGCGGGCUGUGGUUGAGCUUCCAUGUUGUGGACGAGUGGACAGGCGCCUUGUGUAGUACCUGUCGGCCUUCCCGGCCCCCCUUCAAGGCGGGGAACA